CCGUCGCGGAGGCCCGCGUUCCUCAGCACUCCCGGCUCCGGGCGCCCCCACAGCCUGCUCCCGGCCCCUCGGAAGCCCCGGCGCCGGCCCGGGCCCUCGGCGGGAGGAUGACGGAGCUGCAGUCGGCGCUGCUACUGCGGAGACAGCUGGCAGAACUCAACAAAAAUCCUGUGGAAGGCUUUUCAGCAGGUUUGAUAGAUGACAAUGAUCUUUACCGGUGGGAAGUCCUCAUCAUUGGUCCUCCUGACACACUUUACGAAGGUGGUGUUUUUAAGGCUCAUCUCACUUUCCCAAAAGAUUAUCCCCUCCGGCCUCCUAAAAUGAAAUUCAUUACAGAGAUCUGGCACCCAAAUGUUGAUAAAAAUGGUGAUGUAUGCAUUUCCAUUCUUCAUGAGCCUGGGGAAGACAAAUAUGGUUAUGAAAAGCCAGAGGAACGCUGGCUCCCAAUUCACACUGUGGAAACCAUCAUGAUUAGUGUCAUUUCGAUGCUGGCAGACCCUAACGGAGACUCACCUGCUAAUGUUGAUGCUGCGAAGGAAUGGAGGGAAGACAGAAAUGGAGAAUUCAAAAGGAAAGUUGCCCGCUGUGUAAGAAAAAGCCAAGAGACUGCUUUUGAGUGACAUUUGUUCAACAGCUGUAACUUCAUUAUUUCAGGGUCUCCAACUGAGAAACAUGGCACUGUUUUUCCUGCACUCUACCCACCUAUUGCUGGACUUCUGUUGUAACAAGUUGGCGGACACUGGCUGGAGCUGGGCUGCAAUAGAACACGCCAGUACCAGUGCUGACAAGAGCCUAACAAGUGCCAACUUACAGAGGAUUACGCAUUUUGAAUUCUAAUGAACUGUUUUAACCUUCAGGAAGAAUUGUAAAGACCUGUACAUAGCACAACAUGAUCCGGAUAAUAUAUAUACAUGUACAUCCACAAAUACACCUUGUACCAAAUAAUGCUUUCUUGUAGUAGAAUAAGAAUCGUGUAAAUUCUAAAAGAUUUUAGCAGGUUUUCUUUCCCUAUUCAUUGUUUCUUAUCAGUUUAAAAAGACUCCUUAAAGCAUGUCAGAUGAAAAACAAUUAGGAUUAAAAGUUUCCAUUUAAUUUCCUUUAAACCAUUGAGGCUUCAUUAAACUCUUUUCACUUACUAAACUUUUGUAUCUUCUUGUUUUGACAUACCCCCCUUUGCUUUUCUCUCUUCCCUCUGCCAGAAAGUUUUCAAAUCAUUUAGUUCAAAUACUGAAAUACUUACUAAGCAACUACUUGAUUUUUAGUGAUGACUUCAGAGGAGUGGUCAUCACUAGGUGCUGGUCCUUUUGUACUCUGGUUGCACCGUCUCUUGGAUCGGGUGUAGCAAUACCACAUUUUGGCUGUUGAGAGCUCUUGGACUCACUCAUUAUCCCUGAGAACUAAAACGAGUUGGUUCAGAAUUCAACGUGCUGAAAUUCGUCCCGGACAGUACAAAAUUCUGGUCUGGUUUUGUUGUGCCCCCCGCUGGGUGUUCAGGGUGGAUGGACUAGAGUGUGCAGCUGCAGGCUUUCUGCUUCACCUGUGGGUUUGCUCUUACAGACGCUGUGACCCCCGCCCAGCCCCUCUCCAAGGCCCCUUGUGUUUCUCUGCCUCUAUUCUUCGAUACUGCAGAUUUUUCUCAUGUAUUGUACAAAGAAAUUGCGAUGUAUAUUUUCAUGUAAUUUGAUUUUGGAAUUCUGUCACCUUAUGUAGUGAGUUCUUCCAAAAUAUAAUUUGUUUUCCAAUAAUUGUCAAGUUGUUGGCUUUUAUUGUAUUGAAUGAAGGUUAUGAUACUGAAUGCCAGAGAAGUGCAGUUUAGAAAAAUCUCAGGUUGAUUCCUUAUGCAAACAGACUUAAUACUUGAAAAUCCCAUGGCCAUGGCAGUGUGUGCAUCGGGCUCCACCUAGGUUCUUCUGUGGCUCAGAGCACUGCAGGGUGUGAAUGCUUUGCUGUUUGACACAUAGAUUCUGUCGCUGACAUAGUGUGCUUGGAUUUCAUUACUGUUUGAGCAGAAGUAUAUACUUCAUGUCAUGUUUUAUAAAGUAGCUUCAGGAAAUGAUGAGGCGAGUGUGCAGCGUGAGCGGCAGGCCCAGGUUCCCCUGUGUUGGGUGUGAGGUUGGGUUUGGGAAGUACUCUUUGGCCUGGAAAGGACAGGACGUGAGACGGUACUAGAGGGGACAUGAUUCCGUGCAAAUUGGUGCGUCUCUGCUCCGUGGGGCUUGGAGCGAUGCUUGGGCAGAGUGGAGGGGUCCCUGCGAGUGGCCUGUCCUCUGUGGACCUGCAUGUCCUUCUGGAGCAGAAGUAAGAUGGUUGCGGAUGUAGACACAGCAGAGUGAUUUUUUUCUAAGUCCCUGUCUGUUCUUCACUUUGAGGCAUAAAAACCCAUAAAUGUGUUAAUGAUUGAAUGUGAAAAUGGUUUGUUUUGACUCAUUGCAGCAGAUUUUCCUCCAGAACUUCAUUUGUGACUUUUUUUUCCCUCCAAAGACUGUAAAACGUGUUGCCCCAAAGUGCUGGUACUGCACACCCGCCUGGGAUUUGAACGCAGUCCCUCUUACUCUUACAUCAGAAGCUUUGCGUGGUUGCCGGUGGCAGAAGGGAGUCUGCAUUUCGCUCUCCUCUUGCUGUGAUUCUGUUAGUGAUCUGUCGAGUUAAAACCCGGGGCUUGACUUUUCAGGGGGUAGCAAGUGACCGACUAACUCAGGGACAACUCUUACUGAACUCCAAGUGCCACCGUAACACAGGUACCUUGGCGUAACCGUGUGUGUUUUGGGGCUAGACAAAGGGGUUGAAGGGAGAGCCAGGAACGCGCGCCCCUCCCUUCACACCCCUUCCUGCCUGGCGCCCUGGCAUGCUGCACGUGGACACACAGGCCUCGGGAGGUGGUGUGACUUGCCCUCCUCCCCCAGGGGCGUCACCUGUGCCUUUCCCCGUGUUCAUCUGACAGUGCAAACCUCACGCCUCCACGUUCGAUCGUGACCCACUCUCAGGUGACACCAAUUAGGUGGCCUUGGUGCCACUAGCGCCUCAUCACUAGUGUGAGGCGAGUCCUCUCCGCUUUAGGAGAAGGCAUCUUCUCCCCAGCUCUGUGCCCAACUGUCAACAUCCACACCGUCCCCAGGGUUUUGGAGCUGUUGGCGGUUUCCCAAAUUGACUCCCGAGUUCCUGUAAAGGCUUAGAGAUUUCAGUCUGUGCUCAUCACGGGAUGGAUGAUCUCCGUGGCUUUUCUGGCCUCAUUUCUGUGAGUUUAAAAUCCACGUGAGAUUGGUUCCCUUGUCAUUACGGGGCGGUCUCUCCGUGAGGCUGUUCCAUUCGUUCUCUGACCACUUGGCUGUCCUGGUAACAUUAAUGGCCUUCAUUCUCGGUCGUGAAAUUUUAUUCUGUGUGCUCACCCUCCACAGAUCUGCACAUUUUGGGCUGUGGUACCUGUUAUCUAUUUUUGCCCGUCUGGUCUCCAGUUGGUGAAAUUACCUUCCCUGUACCUGCCACUUCUCAGCAUCUUUGAAAUUUGACAUAAUGUUGCUUCAUUCCAGCUUUUUUUCCCCUUUCCUUUUUUUUUUUUUUUUUUAGUUCUGUAACUUGUUGAUUGUAUUUAACUAUGUGAGUUCUGUUGUGAUGUUUGCUGUAUUGUAAAGCACCUCCAACAUGUUGCGGGGGGGUGCUCUGUAAAUCAAUAAAUGAUGACUUAGAGGCUGUA